AUGAUAGGCAAAUUCCUCUACUCACAAUGGCUCGUCACGCCCCCGAUGCCCACACACGACUUCACCGGCAAAACCGUGCUAGUCACCGGCUCCAACGUCGGUCUAGGCAAAGAAGCUGCCCGCCACUUCGUCCGUCUCAACGCUGGCACUGUAAUCCUAGCCGUGCGCUCUCUCGACAAGGGCGAAGCCGCCAAAACCGAUAUUGAAGCCACCACCGGUCGCAAAGAGGUCAUCAAAGUAAUGCACCUCGACCUGUCCUCGUACGCCUCGACGCUCUCCUUUGCCGAUAAACUGAGUCAGGAGGUGGAAAGGCUGGAUGUAGCGGUGCUAAACGCCGGCGUCAUUCGCGGGGAAUGGCAAGUCUUUGAGCAGGACGAGAGCACGAUUACUGUCAAUGUCGUGUCCACAUUCCUCCUGGCCUUUGCUUUACUGCCCCAGCUGCGGGCGACGGCGGAGAAAUUCGGGGUCAGGCCGACAAUGACGGUGGUGAGUAGCGAGGUUCACGCGUGGACGAACUUUACAGAGCGGAAUGCACCCGAGGGUGGCAUCUUUGCGAGGCUGAAUGAGCCAGUUGUAGAUGGGAAGAAGGUCAACUUGUUGGAUAGAUAUCAAGUGAGUAAGUUGAUGGAGAUCUUGUUUGUGAGGGCUUGGUGUGGGAAGUUUCCCAAGGAGAAGAUUCCUGUCACGAUUAAUACUGUUAAUCCGGGGUACUGUCAUUCUGAAUUCGGCCGAGAAACAGGCCUGGUCGAUGCAUCGAUGCGGUUCGUAUUCGCACGCUCCACAGAGGUGGGAAGUAGAACGCUGGUUCAUGCAGCAAGUCAUGGGGCAGAGAGUCACGGGGCCUAUUUUGACGACUGCAAGAUUGCGGGGCCGAGUGCGUACGUGAGGAGUGAGGAGGGGGCGAAAGAUGGGGAGAGGGUAUGGAAGGAGUUGAUCGACAAGUUGGAGGGAAUCAAAAGCGGUGUUACGAAGAACUAG